GAAUGCUCUGUCGCUUGUUGAUGACGUAACCAGGAACUUGAAUUAGAACACGCGUUACAACUGGAGCUGUAAACACUGAAGUGUGCCUUGGAUGCCGGGCUUGAGGAAGGUAACAUCAUGGCAUCCUCACUGGGUAAACUGGGAUUCAACAAUAAGAUGAUUUUAGCACCCAUGGUGAGGGUAGGAACUCUACCAAUGAGGCUUUUGGCAUUGGACUAUGGUGCAGAUAUCGUCUACUGUGAGGAACUGAUUGAUCUCAAAAUGGUUCAGUGUGAUAGGGUUGUGAAUCAUGUCUUGGAGACUGUGGACUUUAUAGCACCAGAUGAAAGGGUUAUGUUCCGCACCUGUAAUAAAGAGAAAGACCACGUUGUCUUUCAGAUGGGAACAGCUGAUCCAGAGAGAGCACUAGCAGUAGCCAAACUUGUUGAGCAUGAUGUGGCUGCUAUUGAUGUGAAUAUGGGAUGUCCAAAGGAAUACUCUACUAAGGGCGGAAUGGGAUCUGCGUUACUUUCUGACCCUGACAAGAUUGAGGCUAUUCUGACCAGAUUAGUGCGGGGAAUUUCAAAACCAGUGACCUGCAAAAUCCGAAUCCUUUCCACUUUGGAGGAAACAGUGAGUUUGGUGAAAAGAAUUGAAAAAACAGGUGUAGCAGCAAUAGCAGUGCACGGCAGGAUGAAAGAGGAGAGACCAAGGCAUGCCGUCCACUGUGAUUACAUUCGAGCUGUAGCUGAAAAUGUGUCUGUUCCAGUGAUCGCUAAUGGUGGCUCUCUUGAUCCCAUAAAAACAUAUGAUGAUAUUGAGCAAUUUCGAGAGUCUACAGGAGCGUCCUCUGUCAUGUUAGCUCGUGCUGCCAUGUGGAACCCUUCUAUAUUUCGCUGCCAGGGAAUGGUGUCAGUAGAUGAGGUUAUGGAAGAAUAUGUCAAAUAUGCUGUUCGCUAUGACAACAACACAUUCAACACUAAAUACUGCCUGUGCCAGAUGUUAAGGGAUAGGGUGGAAUCGCCAAUGGGCAAACAGCUUCAUGCAGCGCAGACCAAUGAAGAAAUCUGUGAGGUGUUUGGAAUGAGUGAUUUCUAUAAGAAAGCCCGGGAUGAACUGGAGGUCCGCAAAAAAGCCCUUGAUGCCAACAGCAGCAGUCUUCCAGACCAGCCUGUACUGGACGGAGACGUCAUCACUAUGGCUAUCAAGUUUGAAAGGAGAGAGUAUCCCCCUCAGAUCACCCCAAAGAUGUACUUGUUAGAAUGGAGCAGGAAGGAAAAGCUGGAGCAGCCUUUGUAUAAGACGGAGCAACGUGCCCAAGACAGAUGUUUUCAGUCUACAGUAAUAGUGGCAAAUAAGAAGUAUAGGUCCACACUAUGGGAGAAGUCAAAGAAAUUUGCUGAACAAGCUGCUGCUAUUGUGUGUUUGCGCACUCUCGGUGUACCAGAGGGUCGCAUUGGAGAGGGUUACUCAGGACUGGUAAACAAGAGAAAAAGGGAAGAGAAAAAAAGCGCUAUUUCAGAGGACAACAACAUUAUAGACUUAGCACACAGGAAGAGACGGCUCACUGAGCCAUCGCAAAAAGAGGAACAAGUAUCAAAUGACAGUCUGGUAGUAGUGAAUGGCUCCUGUGGUCAGACUGUGUCCUGGCCAUGAUUAGAUGACCAUUGCUCACAUUAUGGACUCUCAACAAGGAGUGAGUCUGCUGCUGUGUGGCUGCAUUUUAUUUGCAGUGGUGCACCACAACAUAUCUGAAUCGUACAGAGACUAUUGGAUAAAUGUUUUAAGUUCUAUUUCUCAUUAUGUGUAUGUGCAGCACAUGCUCUUAUUAUAAUGUACACCUACUUAACCUGCACAAUCUGAGCAGCCCAGACACCCGGUAAUGCUACAACCUUUUAAUUGUCACUAUUAUUAUAAUAAAAUAAACCAACCGCAGAAUAUCUGGCCAGCCAUGGCCCUGUGGUGGUCCCUAUACAUUGAUGGAUGGAUGAAAGAGGGCUGACAAAUUGUACACAGAAAAAUGAAAAGAAAUCUACAGUAAGCAAUGUGACCUUUUUGGGAGUUGCACCCCUUAAAGUGGCAAUUAAAUUAUUUUUUUUUGAAUACAUGUGACAUUUAGGUAAUAUUGUUGGUCAGGGUUUCUCAAUACAGGUAUUAGUAAUUAGUGCUAACUAGGUGAGUUAGAGGAGAGAAGCAGCAAAAAGUGCAGAGUAUUAGUCCCAGGAUUGAGAAACCCUGUUCUAGUCAAUAUGGAUAAAUGGAUGUUCAAUAGACCAGUGUUCCUUAACUCCGGUCAUGCGAACCCAUUCUCAUUUAGUGUACAGUUUGUACAGCUCCCAACAUACCUCGUACGAUCCUGAUAUAAGUGUAGAAUCACUGCCACAGACCACAAGGAGGCUUUUACCUGUUGACCACACCUAUAGUAUGUGGUAUAAACCAAAAACCUGCAAAUUAUGCAUUUUUUCAACUAUUACAUGUUUCUUCUAAAUAGUAAAGAGGACCUGAGGCCUUAAUGGACUGGUUGUUGGGUGGCUGUUUAUUAUUUAAACUCCGAUUACUUGAAUUAAAACAUGUUAAAUGUAUAAUGUGAUAAA